AGUUGGGGCACUCCAUGCACGAGUAUGCAGAGUUCGGCCAUGCAGCCCAUUGGCUGUACAAGGAGAGUGAUACUCCUGACUCCGCCCCCUCUACAGAACCUGAAUCGCCGUCCAAUGAGAACGUGCCACCUGUACAGCCAGGCAGCAAUCAGCAGCCGCAGCAGCAGGGUGGUUCAACCUCCUCCUCCUCCUCCUCCUCCUCCUCCUCCUCCUCCUCCUCCUCCUCCUCCUCUUCUCUCCUCUCCUCCUUCACCUCGUCUGUCUCCUCCAAAGUAUCCUCCUUCCUCUCCUCUCCUUCCCCUUCUGACCCUUCUGCUUCUGCUGGUGCUGCUUCUGAUGCUGCUGCUGCUUCUGGUGCCGCUGAUAGCGGUCGGGAGAGGAGGCGUGCAACAGGCAAGUUCCAGCCGUUUUCAGCCACGGAUUUUGAGAACCAACCGUUCGAGGGCAUUGGUAGCAGCGGUAUGACUGUGAGUGGCUCUAAAGGGGGAACGAUGAGCAACAGGAGCAGAGAGGGGAGUUCAGCCACGGAUUUUGAGAAGCAACCGUUUGAGGGGUUUGCCAGCAGCGGUAUGACUGGAAGUGGUUCCAAAGGGGGAACGAUGAGCAACAGGGGGAGGGAGAGCUCUAAGGGUGAGACGCAGAGCAACAGGAGCAACAGUGGAAGCGGGGAGAUCGUUGGAAGGAGUUUCAAAGGGGGGACGCAGAGCAACACAAGCAACAGUGGGAGUAUGGAGAUUUCUCAAGGGACUUCCAGGGGAGGGACGCAGAGCAACACAAGCAACAGUGGGAGUAUGGAGAUUUCUCAAGGGACUUCCAGGGGAGGGACGCAGAGCAACAGGAGCCUGCAAGGGAGGAUGGCUGCUAGCAGCAGGGCGACUAGCAGCAGCAGUGAGCGCACAGAUGCUGCAACAGUGAGAGUGGGGUCUAGUGGUUUGGAAGGGGAGAUAGAGAAGCAGCAGCAGCUGCAGCAGCAGCAACAGCAGCAGGAGGAGCAGGAGGAGCAGGAGGACAAAUUGCGUGUGGUGCCUGUGGCUACUGUACCCCCGGCUGCAGCUGUUUUGUCUGAUGUGGGGGAGGUGGAUCAGGUGGAGGGUGACUUGGAGGAGGAAGGAGAGGGGGAGGCAGCAGGGGGAGUUCAGGAAAAUUCAGUUUCUCGGCUUGCUAAGAUACAGCUACCUAAUGGAAAAGUGAUAUUGGAGGGGCAUCCAGCCUUGAGGGUAGAAGAUGGGAAGUUAUUAACCUCUGUGGUGGUUAGUUCGGAGAAUUCUGGAAACACUCUUCUUGUCGCGUCGAGUUUUUCCCUGCCUGCCCGAGAUACGCUCGUGGCUGCCCGGAGCGGGCCGCAGGGGAAGCGGUGGGCGGCGAACGUUCGUCUUUUUGCGCGGGUGAAGGAUACUUGCACUAUUGCUGCUACUGCUGCUGAUGUCACGACUAGCAUGGGUGGAGACAGUAACAUGGCUAGUGGUGGCAUUAGCAGCUCGAGUGGUAACAGCGGGGUUGACGGGAAGGAGGCGCCACUCUCGUCUGCUGCACGAAUAAACAACAAGGUUCGGCUUCUCCGGUCCAUGCUGCAAUGGGAGCGGGAGGUUCGGCACGAGGCAGCACCGGAUGGCACCCUGGCUGGUCUUGGCAUAGAUAGCACUAGUAGCAGCAGCAGCUUUGGCAGCAGUGGUGGUGGCAGCAGCGGCAGUGGCAGCAGUGGUGGUGGCAGCAGCGGCAGUGGCAGCAGUGGAGGGGAGGGGGAUGAGAUGGGAGGGGAGCGGGAUGGGACAGGACAAGACAGCCUAGUGGACGCUGUUGCUCUCAGUGAAGUUCUCGUUAUAAGCUGGCCUGGUGGUGAGAUAGUGCGCUUACCAGCUGGCAGUCUGGCAGGUGAUUUUGCCCGCCUACGAGCCAAGGCGGCCACAGGGGAUGCAGCAGCAGCGGCUGCAGUCAUCUCAUCCGACGGGCUGCGCCUCUCCCUCUCCCCCACCACCGCCACUCCCUCUGCCUCGGGCUCUAGAGUCGUUAGUGGGGCCCGGGGCUAUGGAGACGUUUCCAGUGCGGUGCUGUGCCCGGCAGAGGAGUCUAUCUUUGUGAAUGGGAAGCGGGUGGAUCCCAGCACACGGCUUAGAGAUGGGGAUCUGGUGGAGGUGCGCUGUGUGGAGGAGCUGUAG